AUGGGCGCUAUUUGUUCAAUUGUGUUAGUUUUUGCCUUUUUUGCGGUGUGCCAGUCUACCGUUAUUUCGAGGAAAUACACCGCAAAUCUGGAACUGAAUGAUAAGAAGUCAAAUGAAGAAUUUUUAGAAGAAUACAACUCUACAUCCGUUAUAGAGUGUGGCGCUCGGUGUCAAAGGGAAUGUAGUUUCUAUGGGUUCAAUCCUCAGAUGAAGAAAUGUCGGACCCACAAGAAGAUAUUUACGUCAGGGGUGUCGAAUGAGGGAGGCUGGAUAUACUACUCACAUGACUUUAUGCCCAGCGAUUGUAAGGAUCUUCAAUCAGAUGGAUACAGGAAUUCUGGGGUGUAUGUCAUCUAUCCCCAUGGGACCACUACGAUUCCUGUCCCUGUAUAUUGUGACAUGACGACACUGGGAAAUGACUUUAUACAUCAAUUAACAAAAGAAAACUCAUCCCUUUAUGUGUCCAUCACUCUCGAGAAUGGUACAACGCUUUAUGAAAUGUACGAUAGAUUUUCUGUCUCCAACGAAACAGGAAAAUAUCAACUCUUUCUUGCAGGACCUUCCACGGGGACCUUAGGUGACAGUAUGUUAGACACUGGUUAUCCAAUUUACUACGAUCUGUCUGGGAUGGACUUCUCCACCCCAGACAGGGAUAACGACGUGUAUGAUGAUUAUAACUGUGCUGCCAGUAAUGGAGGGGGCUGGUGGUUUAACAUCUGUCACCGGGCCUUCCUUAACGGUCGCUGGUCCCCGGGAGACUGGGUCGACCCGUGGUCUCCUACCGUAGAGUGGGGAUGGUCAGUGAGGGGGACCUUGAUGAUGAUAAAACGUCACUAG